AUGGCGCUUCCACAGAGGACGCUAAAUUGGUUGUAUAGUGUCUUGUCCAAGGAUCACUAUGAUCCACAACAGACAUACCGUGACCCAAACCGGACCUACCAUGAUGUUGCCAACGCGCUCUCCCAGUACCCCUCGCUGUCCCCUCGAACAGAUGUCUAUACCUACGAAACAGGGUUCUCCGCCCUCCUUCUUCACCUUGUGGGCACGUUGCCUGUCACCUUCCGGGGAACGACCUACCGAUUUCCCAUUUCGCUUUGGAUUCCAAACACAUACCCACGCGAGCCUCCAAUUACCUACGUAACCCCGACACAGGAAAUGGUCGUCCGAGUUGGCCAACAUGUGACGCUGGAGGGGCAGGUGUACCAUCACUAUCUAGCACACUGGGCUGAAGCAUGGGAUAGAUCCAACAUCGCCGAUCUUCUUUCUAUUCUUCAAGAUGUAUUUGCCAAGGAGCCACCUGUCCGAUACAGACAAGUUCCACAGCCUCAGCCGGAAGCUGUCCAAACACCCCCGCCAUUACCUCCCCUUCCACCCGGUAUAGGAUCUUCGAGACAAGCUCAACCUCUCUCUCCGCCUGCAAUCCAGAAUCAGAGCCAGAGCCAGGUUCCACCUCCACCCCCGCCGAAGCCAGGCGUAACCAGUGAGCAUCGGCAACAACAACGGCCGGUGGACCAAUAUCGAUCUCCUCCGCUACCUCCACUCCCACCAAAAGAGCAAGGCUCUCAUCAAGCACCUUUAUCCACACAAUUGGCCAGCUCUGGAAUCCACUCAUAUCAGCAUUACACGCCUCCAGUUCAAACUGGAGGACCGAUAAGCGGCCCUAGUCCCUUGUCACGGCCACCAACCCAUCAGCUAGCGGGACAACCAAUACCGCACCAGUCGGCGCAGGCUCAAGCAUCGCAUUAUAGAAACAGCGGAGUGCCGAUUCAUCAUGGAAACGGGUCUAUUAUAUCAAACCAGGUCCCUCAUCAAGCUAACCCAGCGGGGUCUCACUUGCCUCUACAGCCGCAACUCCCCCAUCAACCACGCCAACAACCAUCUGGGCCCGCAUAUCCUCAAAAUUCUCCAUAUCCAUCCAAUUAUCCCCAUCCACCCCCUGCAGCCCCCACCAAAGCCGACACUCCCGACCUUCUAACCUCGCCAUUUGAAGUCGAGCUACCUUCAAUCGCGCCCGCGGGACCAGCGCCUCCCAUCCCACCAAAUCCAGAAAAGGAUGCGCUCCUUCAUGCCGUGUCCCAGACCUUGGCGGAAACCCUCCGCGUUAAUGCUGCACAGUCCGACACGGCAGCCCAGUCCCUCGUCUCACAAUCACGGUCCCUGCAUGCCGCUAUGGCCACGCUGCAGGGGGAAGUCUCGGCGCUCAAUACUCUCCACGCAACCCUCCAGUCCAACACUACUGUCCUACAGCAAUCCAUCCAUCGCGCGGAUGUCACUAUCGCAGACGCACAGGCCCGCUCUACAUCCGUCUCCACUUCUAGCACUCCUGGAGACACUCCAUCCGGCCUGCCCCCAAUCGAUGACGUCCUGGUCGCCCCCACCGUGGUAGGGAAACAACUAUAUGAUCUGGUCGCCGAGGAACAAGGCAUACAACAAGCUCUUUAUGCGUUGCAGGCUGCGCUAGUCCGCGGUGUUAUUGGUGUUGAUUCCUGGUCAAGGCAUACACGAAGUCUUGCACGUGAAGCUCUUCUCAAGCGGGCACUGAUUCGUAAAAUAGGACGUGGAAUGGGGUUGGAUGAGAGUGUGCCAUGA